CUCCGCCCUGAGCUCGCUGGUCCCAGAAGGCGCCGGGUUUCCCAAGAUGGCGGCCGACGUGUCCGUUACUCACCGGCCGCCGCUCAGCCCGGAGGCGGAGGCCGAAGCGGAAACUCCCGAGACCGUCGAUCGCCGGACGCCCGAACAAGAGUUGCCGCCGCUCGAUCCGGAAGAGAUCCGGAAACGCCUGGAACACACUGAGCGCCAGUUCCGUAACCGCCGCAAGAUACUGAUCCGAGGCCUCCCGGGGGACGUGACCAACCAGGAAGUACAUGACCUCCUGAGCGACUACGAACUCAAGUACUGUUUCGUGGACAAAUACAAAGGGACAGCUUUUGUGACCCUGCUGAAUGGGGAGCAGGCUGAAGCUGCCAUCAACACCUUCCACCAGAGCCGCCUCCGAGAGCGGGAGCUGUCUGUUCAGUUGCAGCCUACUGAUGCUCUGCUGUGUGUGGCCAACCUGCCACCUAGUCUGACACAGGCGCAAUUUGAAGAGCUGGUGCGGCCCUUUGGCAGCCUAGAGCGCUGCUUCCUAGUGUACAGUGAGCGCACUGGCCACUCUAAAGGCUAUGGCUUUGCAGAGUACAUGAAGAAAGACUCGGCUGCCAGGGCCAAGUCUGACUUGCUGGGCAAGCCACUGGGCCCACGCACACUGUACGUGCACUGGACAGAUGCUGGGCAGCUGACCCCUGCAUUGUUGCACUCUCGGUGCCUCUGUGUGGACCACCUGCCACCUGGCUUCAACGAUGUGGAUGCUCUGCGCCGGGCUCUGUCGGCGGUCUAUACCCCCACCUUCUGUCAGCUGGCAAGUGGCCAGGAUGGGCAGCUAAAGGGCUUCGCGGUGCUGGAGUACGAGACAGCAGAGAUGGCAGAGGCGGCACAACAGCGGGCAGAUGGCCUGGCCCUGGGUGGCAGCCACCUACGUGUGUCUUUCUGUGCUCCAGGUCCCCCAGGCCGCAGCAUGUUGGCGGCACUCAUUGCUGCCCAGGCCACGGCUCUCAAUCGAGGCAAGGGACUCCUGCCUGAGCCAAAUAUCCUGCAGCUAUUGAACAACCUGGGCCCAUCUGCCUCCCUCCAGCUGCUCCUCAACCCCCUGCUGCAUGGAGGUGCCAGUGGCAAGCAGGGCCUCCUGGGUGCGCCCCCUGCCAUGCCGCUGCUCAGUGGGCCUGCCCUGUCUACUGCACUGCUGCAGCUAGCCCUGCAGAGCCAGAACCAGAGCCAGAGCCAGAAGAAGCCUGGGAUCCUGGGAGACUCACCUCUGGGUACCCUCCAGGCCGGGGCCCAACCUUCCAACUCUCUCCUAGGGGAGCUGUCUGCAGGGGGGGGCCUGGCCCCGGAACUGCCGCCCCGCCGAGGGAAGCCACAACCCUUACUACCACCAUUGCUGGGCCCCUCUGGGGGUGACCGGGAGCCCAUGGGUCUGGGUCCCCCAGCAUCCCAGCUCACUCCACCCCCAGCCCCUAUGGGGCUCCGAGGCUCCAGUCUUAGAGGCCUCCCGAAGGACAGUGGGCCCCUGCCAACGCCCCCUGGGGUCUCACUGCUGGGGGAACCCCCAAAGGACUACCGCAUCCCCCUCAACCCCUACCUGAAUCUACACAGCCUGCUUCCAUCCAGUAACCUGGCAGGCAAGGAGACCCGGGGCUGGGGAGGCUCUGGGAGAGGCCGCCGCCCAGCGGAGCCCCCCUUGCCUAGCCCUGCAGUUCCUGGUGGAGGCAGUGCUAGCAACAAUGGCAGCAAAGCCUUCCCAAUGAAGCCCCGCCUGCUCAGCCCCAUCGCCAGCAACCGCCUGCCCCCUGAGCCAGGGCUGCCCGACAGCUACGGCUUUGAUUACCCCACAGAUGUGGGACCUAGACGGCUCUUCUCCCACCCUCGGGAAUCAAACUUAGGGGCUCAUGGCCCCAGCCGACACAAGAUGUCCCCCCCACCUAGCAGCUUCAGUGAGCCUCGCAGUGGUGGAGGCAGUGGGGGACCCCUCUCUCAUUUCUAUUCUGGCUCACCCACCUCCUACUUCACCAGUGGCCUACAGGCUGGCCUCAAGCAGAGCCACCUGAACAAGGCUGUCGGUUCCUCCCCAAUGGGCUCCAGUGAAGGGCUCCUGGGCCUGGGCCCUGGGCCCAAUGGUCACAGUCACCUGCUGAAGACCCCACUGGGUGGCCAGAAACGCAGUUUUUCCCACCUGCUGCCCUCACCUGAGCCCAGCCCAGAAGGCAGCUACGUGGGCCAGCACUCCCAGGGCCUUGGUGGCCACUACGCGGACUCCUACCUGAAGCGGAAGAGGAUUUUCUAAGGGGUCAGCGCCAGAGAUGCUCCAAGGGCCUGCACCACGUUGCUUUUGGGUUCUUUCUGGUAUUUGUGUUUUGUGGGAUUUUAUUUUUAUUAUUUUUUUUUAUGUCCUUUCUUUGGGUAAUAGAGAAAUCUCUGCAAAAGACUUUGGUGACCAACCAGCUGGAGCUCAAGGAAUGUGGGGUAUCUGGGGGCCAUACCAUUACCUGUGGGCUUGCUCCUGGAACCAAACCCUGCAGCCUUAAGAGAGAGGGGCCUGGCCUGCUCUCUUUCCCUCCCCAGCUCCUAGCCUUCUGUGCUGGCUCUCCAGGCCUCCUCUCCUGCCUCAUCACUCCUGUGUUCUGGCCUUUUGAGUGCCUUUGGAGGUGUCCCUGACCUGUGAGGAUCAGAGACAGUCCCCGUUUUUAAACUUCGACAAUUAACUUUGAUUUCCUUUUCUAAUUUUUAUUAUUUUUUAAAACAACCAGGAUGAUGACCACAUCCACUCCCCUAUCCCUCCAGAAAAGCCCCAUCUUGAUUUCUUCAGGGUCUGGCCUUCCCUGGGCCUCUGUUCCAACAGCUUAACCCCAUUCUCUUCCCAGUCAUCUGCUGCAGGUAUAGCUGUCUCAUGCCCCUGCCUGCCUACUCCGGCCAGUACCCUAAGCCCCAGGAUCUCCAGCCCCUGCCUUCUGAUGCCUUAAAGUUGGGCCACAGGUCCUGCUGGGUCAGAGCCUCUCAGAUGCGGAGCUCCAAAAGCUCAGCUCAGGACCAAAGAGCUCUGGCCUAGGGUUCAUCCUUUCUCCAGGGUGUCUGCCCUCUGGACAGAAGGCCAAAGCCUUGGUCUUGGCAAACCAUCCCUUUUGCCCUAAGCUUGGGUGCAGAGACCAGUAUUUUCUGCUGGCUUCAACAGUGUCCCCUGCUGUCUGUGAAAGGUGACCAUUGUACCCAGGCCACUGGACCUCUACCAUGUUCCUUCAAACCCAGAUCAUCACCAUCCCCAGGCUGGAUCACUGGAGCAGGUCUCCUCUCUGCCCAUCUGAGGGGACCUAGGGACUCUGCCCCUGGCCAGCUGAGCCACCACCAGCCUCCCUCCCCAAACCUGAUGAACCAAACUCACUCCAGUGGGGGGCAUUCCCUCCCCUUCCCUGCUUCCUGCCCUCCCCUGCCCGGACCUUUGCUGAAUUAAAGUUUGUAAGUAAACGGUUUUAAGAAAAAAACAUCA